UACAAAAUGGCCGCGCCCGUACUGCAAUGUGUAUCACAAGUCGGUGAAAUCUGACAAGCUGGUCACGUACAAGAAAAUGUGGUAUAUGAUUAAACGGAGAUAAGCAAUGUCAGAUGACGCUUCCACAAGACAGGAAGAAGAGGUGGAAGCGCUUGCAGCCAUUUACGGAGAUGACUGGUGUGUGGUCAGUGAACAAGCCCACAUCUACAGCAUACAAGUCAGAAAUGAGGACCCGAAAUCACACAGAACCAUCAAUGUGGAGAUUACCAUGCCUCCCGGCUAUCCGACAGAGUCACCUCCCUUAUACCAGCUGACGGCCCCUUGGCUUCGCAGAGAGGAAAAACAGACUCUGGAAGAUUCGUUAGCCGAUAUCUAUUGUGAAAACCUUGGGGAAAGCAUGAUCUAUCUUUGGAUUGAACGGAUCCGGGAGGUAGUGCAGGCUCAACUAGACAAUAGUCAAUCAGAUUCUUCACCACAAACUUCACAGUCAGCAUCAGCUGUCAGGGAUGAGGAUGAAAAUGACGGUGAAUUUGACCUCUCUGACCUGGUAAUCACCACAAUUGAACAACCAGACGAUGGAGAAGUCAUGGAGUGCCCUCCCAUUAAUAGUGGAGAACCAAUUGUGGACAGACGCAGUACAUUCCAAGGUCAUCUGGCACCUGUGGUUCAUAAAAAACAGGUUAAGCAGAUACUGGACACACUCUACCAAAACAAGAAGAUAGCCAAUGCUACGCACAAUAUAUACGCCUACAGGAUAUGUCAGGGUGGUACGGUUUACCAGGGCUGUGAGGAUGACGGAGAAACCAACGCUGGCUCCCGCAUGCUUCACCUACUACAGAUCUUGGAUUCUGAUAAUGUGAUGGUAGUGGUUUCAAGGUGGUAUGGAGGGAUACUUCUGGGGCCUGAUCGCUUCAAGCACAUCAACAAUGCUGCAAGGGGACUGCUAGAGGAACAUGGUUACAUCAAGUCAAAGGAAUCAAAGAAAGGACCUAAAAGUGGCGGGAAAAAGAAAAGAUGAUGAAGCUUUAUUUGUAUCAUUAAAACACCAUUAAAUUCUAUGAAUGUGGAGAUGAGGAUCCAUUAAAUUCUAUGAAUGUGGAGAUGAGGAUCCAUUAAAUUCUAUGAAUGUGGAGAUGAGGAUCCAUUAAAUUCUAUGAAUGUGGAGAUGAGGAUCCAUUAAAUUCUAUGAAUGUGGAGAUGAGGAUCCAUUAAAUUCUAUGAAUGUGGAGAUGAGGAUCCAUUAAAUUCUAUGAAUGUGGAGAUGAGGAUCCAUUAAAUUCUAUGAAUGUGGAGAUGAGGAUCCAUUAAAUUCUAUGAAUGUGGAGAUGAGGAUCCAUUAAAUUCUAUGAAUGUGGAGAUGAGGAUCCAUUAAAUUCUAUGAAUGUGGAGAUGAGGAUCCAUUAAAUUCUAUGAAUGUGGAGAUGAGGAUCCAUUAAAUUCUAUGAAUGUACGGGACAGUAAGUUUGUUUGGAGAUGGGGAUACAGUAAAACCUUUAACUUGUAUGAUACUUUCACUCUUCCAAAGAUUUUUUAUUCAACAUCGGUCAUUGGACUCUAGAAAGGGUAUUUAGCUUGAUGAAAGAUGCUUGACCCAUCGAUCCUAACUGCAUACUGUGAAAGUGUUUUAUUUUAAUGGACUCUUGUUUUGACCGAAUUUUAAUUCCCGAAGGGUAAAGGAUGACAGCUGCUGUCAAUAUAUUUGUUUUUUGCGACAUUCUAAUUUUCAUGACUUUGUGGUAACAAUCUUUCUGGAAAAAAGUACAACCCACAAAAUAAGUAGGAUUUUUUUCUUUUCUUUACUGUAGACUAUGUUACAUGACCACUAGACUCAAGAUCUGGGGAAAUCUUAUUUGGCAAAAUUGACCAUUCCAGCAAAUCCACAAAAAUAUGGGAACCUUGAAAGAAAAGAAAAUACUUUUACUAUAUAUAUAUAUCAAAACUAAUAGAGGUUUCUGAAGACUCUCAUCCUGAAGAGGCCCAAAUAUAAAUACAUGUAUUACGUAAAAUUUAAGUGAUUUACAUCGUAAGAACAGAAAUGGAAAUAAUUAAGGAUUGACCUUCAUUUUGACGGCCUAUACGGUAGUAUGAACGCACAUAUUUUAUUGGGCGUGUUAGCGGACGAAUGUGGCAAAAAAACAUAUAAUUAUGAUAAUAACACUAAUGAGUCCAGCGAAGAGGGUCCUUAGAAUGGAAUCUGUGCUGAAAAAUAUCAUUAAGUAUCAUUAAGUAAAAGGAAGCCGCCAUUGUUUACUUAACCGUCAAAUAGUUUCGAAUGUGCAUUCAUGGAAUAAGACGUUGGCCAGCAUCACUUUGUUGUAUAAUCAGACAUAAUGAGUCCCAAAUACGUUCCAUGUUUAAUUUGUAGAUGUUGAAGGAACUAAACAGUGGCUGUCAUUAAGCAGUUAUCUCGCUGACCCGCGCCAUAUUUGAAAUGGGUAUCAUUCCGCAAAGCGUUUUUUCCUUGCAUAUAUGCUAAUGUUUUCGAAAUCAGAGUUUACUAAGCUGAUAUGUAAAUGUAAAUAAAAUGUGUAUUAGGGUGCUAUAAGGGAGUGUUAAAGUGUAGGAGCAUGUUAUAUUGAAAUGUUCUUCAGGUUCAUUUGCAUAUCAUCAUUCUUAUUUAUGAACAUGUGUAGACUCUUAUCAUGAUCUGAUUCAGAUUCAAAAUCAGAUUCUUUAUUAGCCGAAAGCCAUACGACUCGUAGGCGCAACAAUAAUACAAGUACAUAUAGCAUACAAAUAUACAAGACUAAAACACACACACACACCCUCAAUCGCCCCGC